AUGCGGCUGCUCAUCCUUGGCCUCUGGAUGAUGCUGGCCAUCUCCCCCAUCACAGCCACGUUCAGCGCAACCUGCCUCAAAGCCAUCGUCGCCCUUACCAGUCGACCGCACGCGAUCCUCGAGCACUUCCAGCAUGAGGUCUGCGACCAGGGUUGUCGACCGACACUCUCGCACUGGGACCUCUGGACGCGCAAUCAUACCUUCGUGCCCGCUGUCCGCAGCCUGCUGGUCGGGGCGGAUCAGCCCGCGCAACAAGAAGAAGCGAUGAAGCGCCUAGGCGAUGAGGUGGCCGCCCUCAUCAAGCGCCAAUGCGGGCCGAUACUCGGUGGGCGCGAUGUCUGUGCAGACCGGAACACCCUGGCCGCGUUUGGCACCUGCUUCCAGAAAAGCUUUGUGCGGGUCGCGCUGGCUUACUGGCCCCAGUUGCUGCCCCUGGCUUCGGAACCGAUCUGUCGCGCGCAGUACGAAUGGGUACAGCAGAGCCGGCUCUGGGAGGAGAUUAUCCCAGGGAAGAUGCGCGAGUAUGCGGGGGUCUGUCAGCAGUUGGGGGGAGAGAUGAUGGUGAUGAGGGAGAUGUAUAGUUUUUAG